AUGGAGAUCCUCGUCCUUGGUCUGCCCAGAACAGGCACUCAAAGCCUUGCCACUGCUCUAAAUCUAUUUGGAUACAAGGUCUACCACAUGAAAGACAACGCCAUAAGAGAAGACCAUGCAUUCUGGACCAAAGCUAUGGAUGCCAAGUUUGCCAAGCAAGGCAAGAGCGUGGAUCGAGAUGAUUUUGACCAGCUUUUCGCCGGGGAGUACACGGCAGUGAGCGAUUUUCCCGCUGCCAUGUUCCCCGAUGAGCUAAUCACCGCUUAUCCCUCAGCAAAGGUGAUACUGUUAACACGCGACCGAGCCGGAUGGAUGAAGUCAAUGGAAAGCACGUUAUUGCACGCAUGGAAUGCGGAGAAAGAAGCUGGGGCCGACACAGGGUCAAAGCGUCUUGAUCGCGACGAGAUGGUCCGCAAGAUACAGACUUAUGUGUGGAAUGAUGACUUUGAAGCCAACGGACGUACGCUCUUUGUGGAGCAUAAUGAGCAUGUACGUCAGCUUAUGAAAUCCAGAGCAGGGGACUUUCUCGAAUUCAAUGUUGCAGAGGGUUGGGAGUCGCUUUGUCGCUUCCUGAAGAGAGAGAUACCUGUUGAGGAAUUCCCACGAAAGGAUGAUUGGGUGAAGUAUAAGGAGGAAGUGCAAGUGGAAAGAGAUAAAAACCAUACCAUGUCUGUAUAA